AUGGAGAGAGGAAAGAAUUCACAAUCGAGAGGAAAAAGCAAAACUCAGCAUUUUCCAGCUGAUUUAUUUGCUUUAGGAACAAAAUCAUCUGGAAAUGACUCCAGUAAAAGGCCAUUAAGUUCGAAUUCAUCGGAAAGAAAAAGGGAAGCACCUAAUCCUCCUAACAUACCAAUUUUAUCAAAGAAAGCUAAAGUUGUUGGUACACCAACAGCAUUAGGAUGGUCAUCUAGUGGAUCUUCUCCCACAACAUCUGCACCUAAUAAUGGAAGUUGGGAAGCUGUAGCUGUUGAUGUGGAACCAUCUGAAAUUGUUCAUGUCGUUUUGGAUGCUUAUCAAGCUGGACAAACGGAAAAAGCUGCUGGUUUUAUUUGUGGUGCUAUAAAAGCUUUGAAAAAUAACAAGUGGAAACCUGACUUGGUAACAUUAGUUGCUUUAAUAUAUCUGGCCAAACUAAAACCUUCUCUAUUUUCAGUUGAUGUAGUGACACAAGCUUUGUCAUUACUAUUGAAAAGAGAUCCUCAAUAUAAUUUCAAGAGUAAAGGCAAUCCAACAGUUUCUAUAUUAGCCUGCAAUUUACUAUUAAGAGGAUAUCAAGACCAGAAAAAUUGGCCUACGCAUUUUGUAAAACUUUAUGUUGAAGAUGCCAUGUCUGAAAGAGUUUGGGUUGAUCAAGUAGAAUGCAAGGCAUUUGUAAACAACAUAAUCACUGCUUUUAACACCAAAGCCCCUUCUGGAAAUAUUAACUUAAUAGUUCCGGAAUUGGGUCCUCUAGGGAUAGCUCGAUCUGAGAGUCCUGUUACCGUAGCCAUUGAAAAUGAAGAUGAAAAUUCAUCGAGCGCUUGUUCGAGUGACGUACCCGCGAUACCAAGGUAUUUAAAUAUCUCCGAAUCAAUCGAGCAAAUAGUAAUGGAUACUCAAGCUACAAGACGCCAGACACCGGAGAGCGUGACGAGAAAUUAUUUAAAAUUGUUAUCAUCAGCAGCUGGUUUGCCAGAAAUACGCCUUUUGGCAUCACCACGUUUGGAAAUUUGGUUGCAAAAUCCUAAACUGAUGAAACCAGCUCAAGAACUUUUACUCUACACAUGCAUUAAUUGCAAAACUCAUUCUGCCAAAGAUAUUCAAGUAAUUGCAUGCCUAGCGAAAAUUCGCCUUAAAACAAAAGCUUUAAUUAAUUUUUACUUGAUGUGUAUUAAAGAAUUGAUUAAUGCACAUCCCGAUAAUUUAUCUACGCUUUUAAAACAUACCAUUUACAAUGAAUUAUCGACUUCUAGAAAUCCAAAUAACAUGGCUAUGAUCGGUGUCAUGUUUCAAGUGCAUUCUGAACUUUCUGCCACAUUAUUAGCCGAUGUUUUUUUAGAGUUAUUAUUAAAUAGAGACGAUUACCACAGACCUUUAAGAACUUUAUUAAGAGAAAUAGUGAGAGUUUUAAAGCAUGAUAUUAAUUUACUUGAAUUAAGUCGAGGUCUCAUGGCUGACAAAAAAGAAAAUCCAACUUUUAAAGAUUUUGAAUUUAAGGAUCGGAUGUUUUACGCCGUCAUAGACUUAAUAACGCUGUCAUGUUUCUUAGGCGUGUCUCCGGCUGUCAAAGAAAGCGUGAAUUUAAUCGGAAGAGGUGAUAAGAGAGAAAUUCAAACUUUAAUAAAUUAUCACACAAUGGUUUCUAAAAUUCAACAGGAGACGGUAGUGUGGUUAAAAGAUCAAGUACCUAAAAUUUAUAGACCGAAUGGACCGGAAUUUCUCCAUGCCUUGCAUAAAGUUUUAUUUAUGGAACAAUUAGACACUUAUUAUAAAAUAGAUAUGUGGCCUCCAGAAUCCGAGAGGACGCUUUUAUUAAGAUUGUCGUCCGAAUCUCCUAUUUGCCAAAACACACUUAUAAACGUUUUAUUUUUGGGACUUUCCAAAGAACAUCCCAUCACGGCCCCGGAUGCCUUAGAACUUGCGGAUCAAUUAGUGAAAAGAAGUGCUUUACUCUCCGUUGAAGGAUUAGAAACUCUUCACGCAGAUAAAACGGAAAUUUUCGAAAUGGUAUUUAAUGUGACUGCGUAUCAUCAUCCAGAUAUCAUCACUUUGCCUCAAGGAUAUUGUCCUCCGAGACUUGCAAUAUCUAAUCUUUAUUGGAAAGCGUGGAUAAUGCUUUUAUUAUUAAGUGUACACAAUCCGUCUUCUUUGGGUUCCAUUGCAUGGGAUAAAUAUCCGAUGCUCAGAAUGUUUAUGGAGAUGUGUAUAACAAAUCAUUUUUCGUAUCCGCCUCCAACUAUGAACGUAGUCGAAAAUGCAGAAGAUACCAAAGCUCAAGAAUUAAGACUAACUGCUCAUGAAAAGGAAAGCAUUUUGGAAUUUGAAUCUCAUUUAGCUGCGGCGUCUACAAAAGCGACUAUUACGGAGCAAACAAGUUUGCUGCUGUCGCAGCUAAUAACUAUGGAUCCUUUGGGUGCUGCCAGAAAACCUCCUGUCGGAGUUUUAGAACAGCUUGCUGCUCUUAAUUCUACUCAUAGGAUGGGUCAUCUUUUAUGCCGAUCGCGACAUCCGGACUUUUUAUUGGAUUUAAUUCAACGUCAAGGAGCAUCACAAAGCAUGCCGUGGUUGGCCGAUCUUGUCGAAAGUAGUGAGGGUUCUUUAAGUCAUUUGCCUGUGCAAUGCUUGUGUGAAUUUCUCUUAAGUUCGAGUCCUUCGGAUAAACAGAGUAAAAGCCAACAAUUAAUUAGUCAUCUUCAACAGGUAUUAAUAGAUCCCAAUCAAGAACCUACGGCUCCUUGUGAAGUUUUAGAAUACUUAUUAAGAAGACUUAGUUCUCCACAUAUGAAUAGUAGAACUCAGGCUAUAAAAGGAUUAAAGCUUGUUUUAUCUUCCGUCAGCGAUGAACAUACGAAAAUCGAUACACAAAGUCAGGAUAAUUCAUGGUUACUUAGACAGUUACCUUUACUUCCUCACUUUUCAAGUGUCCGCCCUCAAGUCAUAUCAUCUCUAAGACAGGCUUGUCAAGUGGAAAAUGAUCCUGUUUGCAUCGGCAGUUACAUUACGUUUCUCGCACUUCAUACUGCUGAUGACGAUUUAACGUCACUUGGUCACUUGGUUCAAGAUAUGGCUCAAUUAAUAGUCGAACGCAGCACCAUAAUGUCAGCCAUAAUGCCUUCCGGAACAGGUGAUCUCGACAAAGCAAAUACUCUUCACUCAUUGACAAUAAUAUUUUGCGCAUAUUUACAAAAAGCUAGGGAACCACGCAAGGAUAAUUACACGUGGUCUGAGAGUCAAGAUCAGAUUUUGGUCACUUGGAAUACUGGCGAAGAAAGCACGAUGCACAUACUUGUCGUACAUGCCAUGAUAAUAUUACUAAGCUACGGCCCGGCAAGUGAUCCCAGUUUAUUUGCAAUGCUUUUGGAAACAUGGUUUCCCGAAAAGGGUCCACCCCCAAAGGCGUAUUUAGUCGAUACUUCAGAAGAAGCUCUUCUUAUACCAGAUUGGUUGAAAUUAAGAAUGAUUCGAUCCGGGGUUGAUCGUUUAGUAGAUGCUGCUUUAAUCGAUUUGGAUGUUCCGCAGUUAGUUUUGUUUAUUCAGUCGUUUGGCAUUCCAGUUUCAUCCAUGAGUAAACUUUUAGAAACUCUUGAUCGCACAGAUGCAUCUCUAGUAGCAGCGGCUGUGUUCGACAAAGCUUACAUGGCUCAAUUGGUGCAAGUACAAAGACGAAGAGGAGCAACCGGAGGUCAGAAAUUCGUUCAAGCUCUUAAAUUAUCCGACGAGACAGUUUCCGAGCCCAUGGAUUCUUCUGAACCCCUUGAUAAGCCCACGCUAAAUUUAACCGAAUCACUUUCACUUCUACCUUCCACCGAACAAUUACAACCCUCGAAUGCUCUAACCUUGUUGGAUAAUAUUUUCGACGGUAAAGAAACCCCGGAGUUUAGAAAGUCCGCCGUGAAAAAAUUGCAAAUAAUGUUGCUCAUGGAGACAAAAGUGACACCAUCUAAAAUUCAGUGUUUCAGUGAUAUAGUGAAACGUUUAUUGAUUUUAAGUGAUCCCGUCAACAAUGUUUCCGACAUGACCAACUGGUUAAGCGAAAAUUCAACUUUAGCAGCCGUGCUCAUAAGACUUUUAUGGAAAUUAAGCAAACUCAUGCCUGGUGACGUGAAGAAAGAUUUUAUCUCUUAUUGCGACAACAUUAAAACCUUAUCGAAGAGUGAAAUCCCCGUACUCUCGCAUUUGAUAGAAGAAAUCAUAAAUGACGAAGCCAAAAUGCAGAAGAAAAGAAACGAACACGAAUUGAAACCUGAAAAAUUGGUAGAAAUAAUUUUAAACACGACGGAAGAGAAAUCCGAAUGUUUCGGUCAAUUGAUCGAUUGUUUAGUUUCCAUCGAACCUGAAUUAAUCAGCUCGAGGAGUGAAAAAGAGAUGAUUAAACUUUUAUUUGGAAAAUCUUAUAAAAUUCAAGAGAAGGAAGAUAGGAUAGAUGCAGAAACUUGUCGACCCUACCUUUUGACGUUGCUCACGCACAGAGCGAGUUGGGGAAGGCUACAAACAUGCGUAGAUAAUUUAUUAUUCAAAUUCGAGAAGCAUUUUUCCGCCACGUCGGUUUUAGAUUUUUUAGAAGCUAUGACAAGGAAUCCUAGGCUUUGGCAAGGACGAGAAAAACGUAAACCGAAACAUUACACUCCGGAAAGCGUUUUAUGCUUGCAAGAAAGUCAGGUUUUGUGCAUGGUGGAUUACAUAAUAGAAGAAGCGAAUGAUGCCGUCGAAGAUAAAAUCCCUGUGAAAAUUCAUUCGAACGAAUGCGACGAAGAACGUAGACCGAUAUUUUUAGACACAUUGGAAUCCAGGCUACCCAUAUUGUUGGAAGUUAUGGAUGAUAAAUAUAUUCCAGGCGUUUUACGAAAGUUGUCUUCGAGCACAUCGGAAAUAUCCGAGUGUGUAUAUUUAAUUCUACUCUCUUUUUUUUUAAAAAAAUUUUUAAAACUAAUUUUUUUUUUUAGAUCCCGAACGGAAAUCUGUAAAAAUUUACUCGUACUUUUUUAUUUUCACAUUCCCGGAGUUAUUAAAUAUUUAUUUGGUACGGAUGAAGAAUCUCUUUUGAAAAACACGUCGAUAUCAGGUUGGAGCAGUAGCGCUUUGGAUAAAAUAUCUCACACUCUCCUGACCGCCAUGACAGCAAAUACGAUAAAUGUAAAAGAUUGGUGGAAAAAAUCUCAAGAUUUUGAAUUGGCCGCAAGGAAAAUGGCCGUCGUUCAUCCCGCGCUCGUAUUGAGGCAAUUGCCGAUGAUAGCAGCUUCGUUACAGGGACGCGUUCAUCUCGAUUACGUCGUUUUAAGAACUAGAAAUCAUAUCACGGUGUUUUCACAAGUUUUAGGUUUGAUUGAAUUACUUCAACCGAAAAUAUUUUCGCGACAGUACUCGACGUCAUUGGAUAUAACUUUGGAUGCAUAUCUAACGUUGUUUAAACUUCACGGUCACAUGAAAGAUGUGAGUCCGAUGUUAUCCAGAUUCGUAACAUUUUUACAAAAUUUCGUGUCCCAAGAUGCUUCGAGAGCUAUGAAAUACUUACAAGCGAACUCUAUGACGUUUUCGGCCAUACAUAGAAUUCAUCCGGAUCUAUCGAGUUUGCAAUCUUUGUUUUCUGGAUUGUUAUCGUCGAGGGACGAAAAUGGGGAGGAUGCGGAAGUUAUACAAAGUGGUUCCGUGAGUUCGUCCAUCGACAUCGUUUCGAAACCGCCGUCAUCGAUCAUAAGCGCGUUGUCUAAAUCCCAAGGAGAAGACAUACUUUCCGCGUUACAAGAAUUGGAUCAUUUGUCUGCGAGAAAUCCGGCCGUCCUCGAAGUUUUAAUGGAACCCAUAUCAUCUUUGUUACUCUCACCCUACGGUAACAUUCGUAGUCUUUCUCACACUCUUUUGGCCAGGCUCAUGAAAUACAAUCCUCAAAGCAAUGCCGUCAUCGGGUAUUUACGGUGUUUGGAAAGCUGUCAGGGUGAAAUAGUCAUGACCGCGUUGGAAAAACUACCGGACAUGGUACUCAGUUCUCAGGAACACGCGAGUUUACUUUUAGAAAAGGUUUUUGCACUGGGAGUAAGAUCUAGUACGAGCACUUUAAGUUACAUAAAUAAAGCCAUCGGACUCCUUAAUUUACAAUCAGGUUGCUGA